AUGUGCCCGGCAGUUCGUCGCAGGCCCCUUUGCGUUCCCCUCCAGGACUACCGGAUGAGCUGCGACCAGGCCUCUCCGAAGAACGACCUCCAGAGGACCGCGAUGGAUAUGAGCCCGACCACCAACCACGUGCAGAUCACUGGCCUGCUUGGAGGUGUGUCCGGUGUGACAGCGUUGACUUCCAGUCCGCAGGCUGGGGAAGCUGGGUGUGCCGACUUUGUGGUUCCAACAGCUUCUACGACAGCAUGUCCCCGACGCGGCGUGAAUCCGAGCAAGGUACCUGGGUUUAUGUGCCGAGACCCCCGGCAGAGUGCGAUGCAUCCUCCCGCUCUUCUGCCUCUCCCUCGACAGCUUCCUGGUCACCACCGGCAAGGCCAUCGACUUCUCCUACUUGGCCGGCGGCGACCAGACACGGCGCUCCGCGAGACCCUGGGCAAGAGGCUUGGGGCGAAGCUUGGAGCGAAGCUUGGGGCGAAGGACGGGCUGAGUCAGAGGCCCCGACAGUGGACCCAUCGGUUGAUCCCGAUACUCUUCGCCCGCUUCGCAAGCUCUCCCGACGACAGCGACGAGCCGCUGCUGCCGCAGCUGUUCCCGCAGGCGGAGCCGAUUCUGGACAAGGGCCUUGUUCCCCGCAAGCACGACGUUCGGGACACGCUGCCGGCCCAGGAGACCGUGGAGAAGAUGCUGCGGAACCUGGGCGACCUGAGGCUCAACCAGAGGCCUCCGAGCGCCUGGGAUUCGAGUCGCUCCGGAGCUCCACCAAACCCACCGGUCUGGCACUACUCCAGAGACGACUUGAGGGCCUACGACCGGUGGGAAAGGCGAGUUCGAAUUUGGGAGAUGCAAGUUUCCAGCUACCUUCCCCCGAACGAAGCUGCGAUGAACCUCUUUGUCUCCCUGAAGGGCGAGGCCGAGGAGGAGCUGGAGAAUGCCGACGUGACAAAGAUCAAUGACAAGGACGGCAUCGAGUUCAUCUUGGGUACCCUGCGGGCGGCCUUAAAGACUCGAGCCAUCUACCAGAAGCGGAAGUACAUGCAUGACUUCGAGCAGGUGUCCCGGUUCCCGAACGAAGGGGUCCGCGCCUUUUGCAAUCGCUACCACCGGGUGGAGCGAGCGCUGCAGGCCUGCGGGGUCGACAUCGAGCCCAUGUACGACUCCGAGGCACGCGGUGCCAGACUGCUCGAAAGGCUCCGUCUAUCUCCGGAGCAACAGCGCAUGAUCCUGAUCGGCGCCGGGCACUCCUUGCACUUCGACUCGAUCAAGGAGGCGGCGCAGCUUCAGUUCCCGGACCACCGUCCCGUGAUUUACACUAAGGAGUUCGACGGAGGCAGCCGGCACAGCACCACCGACUCCCGUCCGGAGCCGAAAGGGUACGGCAAGGGCAAGGACAAAGACAAGGGCCAAAGACGGCCCUCACCGAAAAUGAACGGAAAGGGCUACCACACCUUCGUCGCCAAGACCGCGGAGGCCCCUGAGGAUGAGGAGGUUCCGGACGGUCUGGCCGAGAUCCCGGAAGAAGAGGAGCAGGACUUAGCCGAUGACGGCGGCGAGGCCCAGGACGAUGACGAGGAGCUGCUCGUCGACGACGCCCCAGACGAUGCGACUGAGCUCGCUGAUGCCGUGCUCCUGACCGUUACAGCCCGCCGCCUUCAAGGAGUCAAGCUGGGGCGCAAGUUCAGCGGGCCCAAGGCCUCGAUCGAGGAGCGCAAGAAGAGAUCUACGUGUGCAGCGUGCGGCCAGACCGGCCAUUGGAAGAAUGACGAGGCCUGUCCCUUGAUGAAGCCUGGUGCCAAAGGGAAGGCCCCACCGGCAGCAAAGGCGGCCGGCAAGGGCUUCGGGAAGAACUCCAAGGUCAUGAUCGUGCGCGCCGAGGGCAACCAGGAGACCGACCUCGAGGACACAGCCCCCGGAGCCGAGACCAAGGCCGAGGCUGGACAAACCACACUUUACCACUUUUGUGUGCAGCACCGUGGCCCCGAGCCACGACGUCCUGGUCACACGGCCAGGAAGUACAAGCUCCACCCCAAGACCUCAGAGGAGAGAGAGGGUUUCCAGUUUGGAGUCGGUGCCGUGCAGUUUAGCAAAGAGCAUGCGUAUAUCCCCGUAGCCCUCGACGGUUCCUCCUUUUCGUGCUGUUUGUUCGGGACCAGCGUGCUGCAUGAGAACAGUGAGAUACCUUUGUUGUUGAGCCUUCCGAUGAUUGAGCGCAAGCUGCAGGCUGUGAUUGACUUUCCCAAGGGGUGUGUGCACUUUAGCGUUUUCGGCAUCGAUGUGCCCAUUGUCAAGAUUAACGGCCACAUUUGCAUCUCCAUCUGCAGUGACCCCGACCUGGAACUGGUGCGGCAGCCUGCCUUCUCCCGCGCCCGCCGUGUGAAUGGAAACGAGCCGAGCUCCUCCUGCCUGGCUGCUGGCAUGGCGCAUGGUGGUGAAGCACAUCUUCACCGCCGAGAUGACCUUGAUCCGCUUCAUGAUGAACACUGUCAGGUUGGGACUGCGCUCGAGGGCGUGGGUUGCUCACCAGGACCCUCUGCACCAGGAACUGACGAGCGGCCUCCUCGAGAAGAUUGCCAAGCCGUGCCGACACCCGCCCGCUUCAAUAGCAAGGAGCGGCAACCAGCACGGCAGCUUCAGCAAGUGCACCCUGUGCGGAACCAGAUGGCGCUACACCUUGGGAGCUUGGGAAGAGCUGCCAUCCUCGCGGCGACUGCCGCUUCCACAGCAAUCGGACACUUCUUCGGUCAGGCCGACCUGGGCUUCCGACCUGGUCCCGGAGAUGCCGAGCUCUUCGACGACUUCCAGAAAGACCUCUAUGAGGGCGUCGAUCCCGAUCGUCCCCUGGCUUUCACCGCAAAGGAGAGGGCCUCGUUGGCGAAGGGCGCUCCCUCCGAGAACGCUCCUUUAACCUUGAGCACGACCGAGGUGGCCGCGAUGCAGAAGGAAGCAGCAGAGUUGGACCGUCUCGCGGCGGAGAUCGCGGCACGGCAAACAGAGCUGGCCAAGGCCACAGCCAGUGCGAAGUCCGCGCCUUCAGCGCCACUGGUGCCGGCGGUGAGGCUGGACACAGACAGCGAGGAGGAGUACGACUGGUCGGUGGCCCAGAAGAUCUAUGACGCAGAGCUCACGGCCUAUGAGGAGAUGCCGGUGUAUAAGCAGGUGCACUCGGACCACAGGAUCGACAUUAUCGGGUUGAAUGCAGGCAUGGGCCGCAUCAUCGAUAUGUGCCGGGACUUUGGCUUGAGUGCGCUGCAGCCCCUGGACUUCGAGGACUCCGUGAAGGCCGUGCAAAAGUUCAAGCCGAUGUGCGUGCUGAUGGCUUGGCCGAGCUCCGAGCUCGGCUCCGAGGCUCACCUGGAUCAGUGUCAUACAAGCCUCCAGGUGUGCAUGAAUCAGUGUCACGAAGGGCGGCUCUUCCUUUGUGAGGGCCCACCGACAGCACGGGCAUGGACCCUGGCCAACACCCAGGAGAUGCUGCAGCACAAGGACGUGAUCACCGCCGAGUGCGACGCAGCAGCCUACGGAGCCGAGAACGAAAAAGGACAGCCGGAGUUGCGAAAACAUUGGUGGGCCACCAACUCGUCCUCCACGGCCUCGCUUUUGGGCCGACGACUGGAUGAGGAACAGGAGGCCUACUGUGCAAGGGCGAGCCGCGAAAGCACCGGUGUCUACUGCGACGGCAUUGUGCGCGCCAUCCUCACCGGAGUCUUUCAAGAAGCAAGGCGAAUUUUUCCGAGUCGCUUUGCACAUAAGCCCCACGAGGUUUACUUCGCACGACCCGCGGCAAACCCUGAGGCCUGGAACCACAUCCUUGACGACAUCGAGGCUAAGUUCACGAAUACGCGCAAGAAGCCGUACUACCUGGGCAAGGGCGACCCGCUGUACCAGGCCGUUGCUGACCUGGUUCCUUGGGAGAUUUCUCGAAUCCAGGCAGCAUGGGUGCCUCAGGCGCGACGGCUGCCCCAGGAGUUUCCUUACACUCAUCGUGGUGCAGCUUUGCGUCUGACCACAGGCGACUUUCAGCUUGAAGCCGAGGACCUUGGAUCCCUGGCUCACCCAAAGCAGCGCUUCGUUCAAGGUGUUCGAGUGGCUGUUUUCUUUUACGGCACUCCCCGACCCACGGCCGACAGCGAGCCCGUCGAGGAGCCUGAGGCGAGCACUGACGGCCCGGAGAGGCCACCUUCUGGGGAUGCUCCAGGAAAAGGGCAUCACAGCCGCCAACCGGUGCCCGGCAUGGAUACUGAGAUAUGGUUCGAAGGCAACAUAGACCGCAAGCUGCAGGCUUCACUCGCGAGGCUUCACAUAAACAUGGGUCACGCUUCUCAGCCAGAAUUGGUCCGAGUACUAGCUGCAGCCGGCCACUUGAACGCUCGAGUCCUGACAGGUCUUGAAAACCUUCGGUGCAGCAGCUGCAUUCGGACCAAGAUGCCCGCAAAACCGCCGCCAGCCAGCGUGCCUAGCAACUUUUGUGGCUACUUCGGAGAGGUGAUCCAGGCCGACAUCGUCUACAUCCGGGCGAUCAACGGCACGAACUACGCGGUGCUGGGCGUCACAUGUGAAGCCACAUCAUAUCAUGCAGCAAAGAUCCUCGAGAACCGGAGCCCCUCUUUGGUGCUGAAGGUUCUUCUGGACCUGUGGUACCGACCUUUGGGACUACCGGUCAAGUUUCCGCCGGCGAGUUCGGCGGCGAGGAUCAUUGACGAGAAGGGCAUCGCCACAAGCGAGCACAUGGACCAGUGCCUCGUGGCUGCGACCCAUGCAAUGAACUCGAGCACAUAUACGUAUGGGCGAUCGCCGUUCCAAGCAGUUUUCGGGAAAAUUCCCCGGCCCAUCGGCGACCUGCUGAGCGACCCAAUGAGCCUAGUGAUCUCUCCCGAGCAACAGGCCUUAAGGCCCGAAAUUCUUCGAGCCGACGCUCUGAAGGCACUCGCGGAGCACUCCGCAAGCACAAGCCUGAAGCGAGCACUGCUGCGCAAGACCAGGCACCAAAUCGACCUGCAAAAGCUGCAACCUGGACAACCCAUCGCGUUCUGGCGGUGGUCCGGCCGGUCGAGGCAGCACAAAAAGGGUGCGUGGUCUCUUGCGAGAUUCGUGAGCGUCGACCCCGACGGGAAGAGCAUUUGGGCACAGGUGAAUACAACGACCGUGAAGAUCGCUGCGAACCAGAUUCGCAUAGCUUGUGGCUGGGAGUCGUGGACCCCAAGCCGCGAAGAUGUGGCCAUCCUCAAGGAUGCUGAGCAAAAUCUUCGCGAGAACCUGUGGGAAGAGGUUCGUGAAGAACCUCCCGGAGCCGAUCAAGAAGCUCAGCAGGAUCUCGCCCAACUUCCUGGACCUCAAGCAGUUCCUGACGAAGCCGACCUGGUACCCUUGUCUCUUCGACUCCCCGCCUCUUCGGCAGCAACGCCCCCGACUCCGAGGCGGACCGCGACUACAAUACAACAGGAACAACCUCAGACAAACGUGCAGCAGGGGGACCAGCAGACAACAAUACAGCAGGAACAACAUCAGACAAACGUGCAGCAGGGGGUCCAGCAGACUAGCGUUUUCAACGAGUACCACCAGCGGUACGUAGACAACAGGUCAAUCACGAUGAAUAUUCCUGCGUCACCGGUGCCACCGACGCCUAGAAGCCGCAGGGGAAGGUCAAGGACUCCAACGCAGAGACGUACAGGUUCUCCAGGGGCACUAAGACAAAGCGCUUCACGAGAACUACAACGAGGGCCUCCACUUGACCUACCACCAGAAGAAGGCCAUGACGAGACGGCUUCAGCUACACCGGCACCCUUGACACCAGGCACUUUGCCUUUCAGUCCGGGCAUACCAGAGACUCCCUUGUUCAGUCCAGGCGUGCCCGGGACACCCGAUUACAACGACCUCGAGGCCGCUGAGCUCAGUGACCUUCCCGAGGUUGCCCCGCCGCAGACCGAGGACGGCAACGACACGCACCACGACCUACGACAGGAGACUCCUCGGGACCCUCCUUCAGAAGCCUCGGCACGUGACGUCCCGAGAGCUUCGAGCGCUACCGCAAGCGAACAGCCUACAGCUCCUCUACAAGAAGGUCCCCUUCUACUACCUCCGCAGAAGCGAACCGCCGACGUCCUCUACACCACCGGCGCCUACAGGUUCUUCUUUGACGACUUUGGCGAGGCCGUCUUGGAGGAGCACCCCACCGUGAACGACAUGAACCUUCCGUUCUGCCAGGACUCCUUCUACUCCUGCUACUUGACGAGUGCAAGGCGCAAGGCGGAGCUCAACGAGGCCGGAGUGACAGAGGAAGCCACGCGUGCUGACGAGAGCACCGACGAGGAAGGUUUCCCUGUGUCAAACGACCGAGUUGUUUCCAGACAGGAACUUAAGCAGCUCGACCGUGAGGUGCCGUGGAAAGAGGUGGUUAAGCUGCCUCGCGCAGCCCAGGAAAAGUACCACGAGGCCGUGGUCACAGAGCACGACAACUGGCUUCGCUGGGGCGGGUUGCGACCCCUCUCGAGGCAGGAGGCUGGAAAGGUCUUUGCAGAUCGCGCCUUGGCCAAGCGCAUCCUUCGCAGCCGAUCCGCCUUCCGGGACAAGAACAAAGGGGUCGGCGAACUGCGCGCCAAGUGCCGUGUGGUCAUCAUUGGCUGUGCUGACCCAGACCUUUUUCAGUUGAGCAGAGACAGCCCUACCCCCUCUCGACUCUCCGAAGCUUUGGUGCUAGCAAACGAGGAGGUGUGCAACGAGAAGGGCAAGUGGAUGCUCUGGAUCGCCGACGCAAAGUCAGCUUUCCUGCAGGGCGAGCAGAACCGUGAAGAACGAGGCGGCCCCUUGUAUAUGCUACCACCACAGGACCCAGUGGUGGCAGCCACAGGAACCUUUUCCGCGGCCCUUUACGAAGUGCUCGGCAAUGGCUAUGGCCUUCCGGACGCUCCUAGGGUCUGGAAUCGGAAGGUGAACCAGAGAUUGCUGGAAAAAGGGUUUCGCCAACAUGCUUUCGAUAAGUGCCUGUACUACUACGUGAACUCGGAGGGAAAACUUCGGGCAGUGAUGAUCGUGCACGUGGACGACUUCAUGUGCGCGUACCACAUCGACUUCGACGAUGGCAUCAUUGCCGAUCUGUUUGUGUGGGGAUCGACCCACAUUGUCUCAGAGGGCAAGCCCGGCACCUACCGAGGCAAGGAGAUCCACUUGACCUCCUUCGAGGGACGCUAUCGCUACAAGGUGACGCAGACGGCCUUCAUCGACGGCAUGGCUUCUGGCAACUUGGCUAGAGGCCGCUCCCGAGAAGGUGAGGCACUUACUACCGAGGAGUGGAAAGACUUCAGGUCGGUGGCCGGGUCUCUCCAAUGGCUCGCGUCGCAAACGAGGCCCGAGAUCUCCCCAGUGGUCAGUCUCUCUACGAAGGGGCAAGCAACGAGCAUGCUCGACCUCAAGAGGCUCCACGAGACCGUGGAGUUUCUUAAGGCCACCCGCGAGCAGGGAAUUGUCUACCAGGACGUGCCGCUGAACAAGGCGACCACGAUCGUGACAUUUACUGACUCGUCAUGGGCCAACACCGAGCAGCUCAAGAGCCAGUACGGUGCACUCGUGAUGAUUGCGCCUCCUCAGGUGUGCGAAGUCCCGUGCAAAGCAACUUUGCUCGACUGGAAGUCAGGUCGCAGCACCCGUGUGUGCCGCAGCACUCUCGCUGCAGAGGCCUCAGCAGCGGACGAGGGAGCAGACCGCUCAACCUUCUUGAACCUCUGCCUGUCCGAGCUGGUGUACCACGAGCCCGCCUUUAAGGUAGGAAGCCGUUUUCACAACCUGCACGUCACGGAUGCCAAAAGCCUCUAUGACUGCAUAGUUGCGGAGAACCCGAACGUUUCGGAUAAGAGGACGCGAUCUCGCUCCAUGUCUUUCCCUUUGUUGCCCCAACCGGCCGAGCUCACCCACUCCAUGAGCAAUUUGCGGGCGAUGUCGGUGGAUGCCAUGGCAGAGAAGCUUUGCCAGUCCGACCCACCCGAGAAGCUGCAUGGGCAGGCCCGUCUCGGCCGUAAUGUCUUUGCGGCCCUGGUCGCGUGCUUCAUGGGGGCGACCGAUGGCCUUUCUCUUGGCAGCCUGCUCUUCCCGUCAUCAGCCGAGUUUCCGAACCACGAGUACCAGGCCCUGGGAAUGUCCAUCGGCUUGCUGACGACGCUGGUGGCGAACGCCGGCUCACUGCUGGGCUCGGAGAUCCGCUUCGGCGUGGCCGGAGCGAGUAUCCCCACCGUCAUCUUGCUGGCCGAGCAUUUCAAGACCCUGGGACCUGGCCGUUGCGCGACGAUCUACUUCAUGGUGGCGGUGUGCUCUGUGCUGAUCGGAGCGGGGAUGUGGCUGGUGGGCAAGCUGCGCUUGGCUCGAUUGGUCAAGGCCUGCCCCUUCGUGAUCUAUGGCGGCUUCAUGGCCGGAACCGGCGCAGUGCUGCUCCAGUACGGCCUGAACCUGAUGGUCCCCGGCUUCGUGAGCCCAGAGCCCAGCUUGGUGGAAGUGGAGAGCUACAGCUCCCUCUUCCUCGCAGAGACGCUUUGGCAGUGGCUCCCGGGAGCUCUCGGCGGGGCGGCCAUGUUCGCGCUGCGGGCCAGCAGGGUCAGCGUGGGCUCCACCAUCCCCCAGGAUCUGCUCAUUCCCGUGUUCCUGAUCUCUGAGGCCUUCUUCUUCUUGGCAUGGCUGCUUUGGACUGGAAGAGGACUCGAGGACGCAAGAGAAGAGGGCCUCCUCUUCCCAGUGCGGAUGCCGCCGGAGCCCAACUUCUAUCGCGUCUGGACGAUGCACUUCGAGCAUGCCUCGCAGCUGGAUCUCAGCGUUUUCAUCUGCCCAAAUUUCUGGCUCACCGUGGUGAACGCGGCCUGUAUCUCCGUCUUGACUGCCGUCAUGAAUAUUUUCGGGACACUCACCGCAACACAGAUCCGAGUGGAUAUUGAUCGAGAGAUGAUGCUCCACGGCAGCUACAACAUGGGCUGUGGCGCACUGUCCGGCCUCCCUGCGAACAUGGUGAUGUCCUUCUCCGUCACUUGCCGCGCUCCUUGGCAGAGAAGCCGGCAGUUUCAGAUGCUGCUCCUGGCCUUCUCGGCCGCCGCCUUCGUGGCGGGGGGUUACGUCGUGGCCGUGCUGCCGAAGCUCCUUCCGGGCUCCGUGCUGAUUUGGCUCUCCGCCGAGCUCAUGGCCUUCUGGGUUUGGAACUCCCGGCGCUUCCUGCGAGUCUACGAGUACUGCCUGGUCUGGAUCAUGGUCUGCUUGUACGUGGUGGUGGGCACGGCGCCGAUGAUGCUCUUUGGCUUCAUCGCCGUCUUGGGCAUCGUUCAGGGCCAGUUGGCGAGCAUCCCCGUGAUCCGCUCCCAGAAGACCCUAGGGCACAUCCGAAGCUCCGUGCUCCACACCACCUGCGACACGGAGUACUUGAACCGCCGUGGCGCGGAGGCAGAAGUCUGGACGCUCGGCACAGGCUAUCUCUACUUUGCAUCGAUGCGGCAGAUAGUGGAGGAGCUGGAGAACUUCAACAGCCAGCAUCACCUGCGCUUUACCUCGCCUUCGGACUCCGAAGAGCUCCCCGACUUCGCCUUCUCCCACGCCAUCAGCUGCGAGGCCCGGCCACACCCUCUCUACAUCAUCAUGAACUUCGACAUGGUCCAGCAGAUGGAGUGCACGGCGGUCAGCGCCUUCCAAGAAGUGCUGAGCCCUGGCUUGAGCGUGGCCAAAGAGCUGGGCUGCACGCUGAUCCUCGCUCACGUGCAGAGUUCCUUGAUCCUGCAAAUGCAAAACUUCGGGCUGCCCUUGGCCAAGCUUCAGGCGCCCGCAGCGGGCACGGCACCCGAGCUGCUGCUGGUGGCCCACAACUUGGACGCGGCGGUGGAGUGGGUGGAGGAGGCCUUCCUGCGCUCCUACCAGCCUGCCCCUGGCCAGUGCCGGGGUCACACCCACGGCAACCUCAGGGAGCUGCUCUCCCGCAGCGUGGACAUGGAAUCGCCGCUGGCCGGGCUGCACGUGGACUUCCACGUGUGGUUGGAUGGCUACUUUCCGAGCUACAACCCGGAGCUUCUCUCUGAACUGGUGCCGCUGUUGGAGAUACGAAAGCUGCAGAAGGGGGACGUCGUGUACUCUGCUCCCAAGACCAGGCAGGCCACCUGCAGGAGCUUGGGGGAUCUGGGCUUCAGGAGCUCCGGGAUGGUGUAUUCUGCGCCCAAGUUUCAGCGCCGACCGCGCGGAGGAGCCUGGAUGUCAGAGGACGGCGCCACGAAAUGGCCAGGCGCCGCCCUUGCUUUGGCUGCUGCUCGGCUCUGCCACUCGGCCGUGUCCUUUGAGGUGGAGCACAUCUGGAACCCGGAAAACGAGACGGAGCAGUCCGUGCGCGUCUUUCAGGACCAGAACCGCCUCGAAGCCGGAUCCGUUUUCGAGAAAGCUUCGAUCCUUCAGCGACAGGGCAGUUGGUGUGCAGGGCCCUUCAGCACUGCUCGGGCCUUCCUGGCAAACAUGGCACACCCGGGCACUUUACGAGCUGUCGACUGCAGCACCGUCGCGAUCCUGCCCCAGGCAGCCUACGACAAGCUCAGCCCUGCGCUCCGGCGGCUGCUGAACGCCUACCUGCUUCGGAAGUGGCCCACUUAUCUCCACAGCUGA